CGAUGAGUAAACGGACUGUGAGUUGUCACGUCUCAUAACGUGGCGUCCGUGCCUGGCAGGCAUUGACGGGCUUCCCACCAAUGAUGAUCGCGUCGGUCCCGGCUUGCCGGCAGAACGAUCUGCAGUCUCCGCGAUGCAGAUCGAUUCGACUGCAGCUGAUCGUCAGAGCAACGCAACUUAGUAGGCGAGUUCUCCAACGGUUCUCCUCUCUCCGUUUUCGCUUGCCUGACUCGCACGAGGUUGGCAGCGCCGAGGCGAAAGUCACGUAAGGCUUAGAGAGUAUGGUUUGUUCAACUUUGUGUGAAAUAACGCGCUACUGAAAGCCUCAGAGGUGCCUGAGAGGCGGUGCGAUACAGG